AUGAUGAAGCUGCUUCUUUCUCUGACUCUCAUCUGGACGCUCUCCAGCACAGGUGAAGCACUUGUGUGUGAAACUUGUACAAAUGCUACCUGUUCAACCACAGCACCAGUUACAUGUUCCACAGAAACGAUGUGUGUCACAGCUUCCAUUCAAGCCGUUUCAUCUGGGACUCCUAGACAGCAAAUCUACAAGGCCUGUGCCCCCCCCUCCCUGUGUCCAGCCACAGGCUCUCAGACAUUUUCAGUUAACUUGGGUCUUUCGAGUGCACUUGCCAGUGCUGCAUGCUGCAGCACAGACAGCUGCAACUCCAACACUCUGCCUUUCCCAGUGGCUCCAGCAGUUAACAGUCUGCAGUGUCACGUUUGUAACCCCAUCAACUUUGAUUGCAGCUCUUCAAUCCAAUGUAGGGGGACAGAGGAUCGCUGCUUUGAAGCCACUGUGACAAAUGAGGCCGGCUUUUCUCCAGCCUUUGGCUGUGCAUCUACAAAUAUGUGUGCAGCUGCUGCCAGCCUGGGGUCACUGCCUUUCAUGCAAGAUGUUGGUAGAAUAAACAGUGGACCAGCCUGUUGUAGAACUAGUUUGUGUACCUCUGUCAAUGCUACAACAAUCAUUGGUUAUAUGACUGCAGCGUCUAUCACUGCUACCUUGUCACGCUCUAUGUACCUGAAGGAGGAGCAAAGCAUAACUUAG